AAACCAAACAGAGAAGGUUGAAAGUCCAAGGACAGCAGCUCUGCAACAGACACCAACACUGUCCGCGUUGUUUCAGUUUAAGACGUAUUAUUGAUUUAAAAAAAUGGAGAUUCCUGUUUAUAUGCUGGAUGCCUUCACAAAUUUACCAUUCAAAGGAAAUCCUGCGGCUGUCUGUCCACUUCUGCAUGAGCUGAAUGAUGAUUUGUAUCAUAAGAUAGCAGCAGAGAUGAACCUGUCAGAAACAGCUUUUAUUACCUUGAUCAACGCUGCGGAUACAUUUACUUCUGGAAAAAGAUUUCGCCUUAGAUGGUUCACACCGACAACUGAAGUGGAUCUGUGCGGCCAUGCCACACUGGCUUCUGCAGCCGUACUGUUCCAGCAUCAAAAUAAUGUUAACCCAACACUGGUGUUUGAGACCAGAAGUGGAGCUCUAGCUGUGACCAAGAAAAAAGAAGGAUAUGUCAUGGACUUUCCUCUGAACCCACCCACCAAGGAGGAUCUCACUGACUUUAAACAUAUUGUAAAGGUGACAGUGGGGAACCAUCCAGUUCAGGAGGUCUACUUGAGCCAGGAAACAAAGAAGCUGUUGAUUCGACUGUCGGACAGCUGUGAAAGGUCAGUGCUAACCAGCCUGAAAGUCGACCAUGCUGCUCUUCUGAACAGUGACUGUAGUGGUAGAGUCCAUGGCGUGAUUGUUACAAUGAAAGGGUCCCCAGACUGUAAGCCAGGAUUUGACUUCUACUCCAGGUACUUUGCACCGUGGGUUGGAAUCCCAGAAGAUCCUGUGUGUGGGUCAGCCCACACUGUACUGGGGAGCUACUGGUCAAAAAUACUUGGAAAAAAGAAAAUGCUUGCUUACCAGUGCUCGAGUCGUGGUGGGGAGCUGGAUCUUGAAGUGAGAGAUGAUGGACGAAUCAACAUAGCUGGAGAGGUUACCAGUGUACUGCAGGGAGUCAUCAGACUGUAGAGACAAUCUGAUGAACAGGAAUUCAAUGUGAACAUCCAGAACUAAUACUAAUUUGAUGGUUUUAAAGAUAAACAAGAGAUUUAAUCACAACUGAUUGUAGUAGUGGACAAAGUUCAUUAACGUGAGUAAAUCAGUCUCAUGUAUGAUGAUUGAAUUACAAUUUCUUGUAAUUAAUGGUUUGAUGUAGUAGAAAAAAAGGACACAAAAUCAGGAUAAAACAAAGACCCUGAACAUUAAUGCUUUUUAUCUUUAUGGAAUAAAGGGGCAGGUUUACACAAAGACGUUUUUAAAUUCUUGUUCAAACUGGUUAAAGUUUAAGGAUUAGUUCCUUUCAAAUAAUUUAAGGAAAUUAUUUGAAAGGUCUUUAAAGGUCUAUUAUCCUGAACUAAUAUAAAGUUGGAGAGAUAAAAAAAUGCCUUUAAAAGCUGAUAAGAUAUGUGAUUACCUCAGAAGGAAUGGUUGGUUUGGACUUAAACAAGUUCUGCUUUUAAGAAAACCUCGCUGGGUGGAAGAAAAUUCAUUUGGGUUGGAUUGUUGCAUCAUUUACCCGAAGCCAGGUCCAACCUGGUUCUGUUGUUCUGUUUGAUUUUCAAAACUCAGCUUUUCUGUAAAGAGUCGUCACAUUGCCCCCUGCCCUCAAAUAAAAAUAAACUCUUGGACAAUAAUGAA